AUGGAGUUAAAAAUUAGUGUGAUGAAUGGUACCAAGGUAGGGAGAACAAUUUUUAAGAACUUAGGAUGCAUCAUAUCGAGUCCUACAGCGUUAGAUUUUAUCGAUAGAGGAGCCUCAACUACAUCCUCCGGGGUAAUGGAAGAGAAGUCGAAAAGUGGUGUAUUAGGACUAGCAUUUGAUAAAUUAUCCUCCGAUGAAUUAACCCGGUCUGGAAAAUGCGAGGUGCUUGUCGUGCUUGUAGAUUGCUCAGCCACCACAAGAAGAGACCUCAACUCAACAGGCCUUAUAACUAUAGCGCCAAGCCGAAGCAGUCUGCGCCCGCCACACUGCACCGACCGACCGGCCACCGUCGUCGGUCGUCGGUCGUCGGUCGAUCGCCGACGCCAUCCACCACGGCCACCACCACCGCUGCUGGCCAACAACACCACCAGACAGGAGAAGGCGACAUUCGUCUGCUCGACCAUAACAAAACGCAACAAUCAAGGAAUCAGGCAGCAAAGAGUGGGAUGCAUUCCAAAUGUUGUUUGUUCACUUAAACUCAAAGAGAAAACCAAACCCAUUUACGUAAGAGAACGAGAAGUCCCAUUUGCACUGCGUGAGAAAGUUGAAAAAGAACUAGAUAAACUCGAAAGUGACGGAAUAAUUUCAAAAGUAAAUACAAGCGAUUGGGGUUCACCGUUGGUGAUAAUUCCAAAACCCGAUGGUAAGGUGCGACUAUGUGUGGAUUACAAAGUUGGUGUAAACCCUCAGCUCGAAACAGCUCAUUAUCCGAUUAAACGAAUCGAUGAACUUUUGAAUCAGUUACGAUAUUCAAAAUAUUUUUGUCGUUUGGAUUUAUACAAGGCAUAUUUACACGUUUUAGUCGAUGAAGAAAGCAAGCAAGUACAAACUAUAUCAACACACAGAGGCACGUAUCGAAUGAACCGUUUAUCUUUUGGCAUUAAAACAGCUCCUAGUGAAUUCAAUAAAAUACUAGACCAAAUACUUCAAGGAUUAGAAGAAAUUCGAUAUUUAGGCUAUGUUAUACGUAAAAAUGAAAUUCUAAAGUCACCAGAUAAAGUUCAAGCUAUUAAAGAUAUGUCACGGCCCAAGAAUUCAGAUGAAGUACGUGCAUUUUUGGAGGAAAUUAUGAGCAAUCGUGUAUUAACUCCUUAUGAUCCACAGUUACAGACUACUUUAGCAUGUGAUGCGAGUCCUGUUGGAAUAGCAGCUGUUUUGUCACAGAUUGAUGAGGGUGUAGAACGACCAAUUGCAUUUAUAUCUCGAUCACUAACACUGUCAGAACAAAAUUAUAGCCAACUCGACCGCGAAGCACUAGCUAUUGUUUUUGCCAUUGAUAAAUUUUACAUGUAUCUAUAUGGAAGAGAAUUUAUUUUGAUCACAGAUAAUAAACCAUUAACCAGAAUUUUUCAUCAACAUUCAAAAAUCCCAGCAAUGACAUCAUCUAGACUUCUAAGGUAUGCUUCGUUCCUUCAAGGAUUUAACUACAAAAUUCAACAUAAAAAAGCAGAGGAACAUCUUCAUGUAGAUUGCUUGUCGCGAAACCUUUCAACCGAUUCAUUUCAAAAAUUUAAAUUUUUCCUAGACGACGAAAUCAAAGACCUUCAAGACCAAAUUAUCAAUCAAAUAUCAACCGUGUCGUUAACAGCAACAUCUAUAGCGAAGGAAACAGAAAAAGAUUCAAAAUUGUCGAAACUUAAACAGGAUUUACUUAAAGGCCAAAUAGAAAACCCAGAUUAUUCUUUACAAGAUGGUGUUAUUUUUAAAGGAAAUCGCGUCGUUAUUCCAAACACUCUUCAAGACGAAGUCCUUAAAGAAUUGCAUCGUACUCAUAUCGGAAUUGUGAAAAUGAAACAACUGGCUCGUAAAUAUUGCUAUUGGAAUGGAAUAGACUCAAGCAUAGAAAAACUCGUCAGGUCUUGUGAAAAAUGUGCUCUUUGUAAGAAUAGUCCUCCUCAGAUCACUACUCACCAUUGGGAUGAACCAAAUGCUAAUUUCGAUAGAGUACAUAUUGAUUACGCUGGUCCAUUGCAAGGUUAUAAUUUCUUCGUUCUAAUCGAUGCAAAAUCAAAGUGGCCAGAAAUCAAAGUUACAAAUUCAGCUCCUACUUCAGAGGUAACUAUCAAAUUUCUUCAAGACAUUGUAGCAACACAUGGUCUACCAAAAGUUAUUGUAUCAGAUAACGCUUCGAUUUUUCAAAGCAAUGAAUUCAAAGCAUACUGUAAGGAAAAUGGUAUAAUGCAAAAAUUUAUAGCGCCAGGACAUCCAGCUACAAACGGGUUAGCCGAACGAUAUAUUAAAACAUUAAAAUCAAAAUUAAACGCGAUGUCAGAAGAAGAAGGCUCAAUACAUAAUAAAGUACGUGAAAUAUUAUAUCGUUAUAGAGCAACACCUUUAUCAAAUGAAGUGGUUUUACCCGAAAAGGAAAAUACUAUUCAAGAAGAUCAACCGAAAAGAAGUGAUCCAAGUAUAGAUGAAAUACAAAUUCAAUUUGAGCAAGUUCCAGUAAUUCCAGGAAGUUUUGAAGUUCGAAGACAAUCAGGAAUAGAGACAAUGAACAUUCCUGAAAAUCGAAUACACACAGACAUAGAACCAAGCAACAUUCCUGUUCCAAAUCGAAGAACGAAUAGAAACCGACGGCGGCCAGGAUAUCUUCAAGAUUAUGAAUAA